AUUCAUAAAAACUUUAACAUGAAAGCAUCUCACCGAUUAUCAUAAAUGUUUAAAGAUGCUCGGAUCGCAAGACAACACCCUCAUUGGGUGGGGGAGCACAUAUGGAAUUCAUUGUUGGCGCAUUGGAAUACGCCACAGUACCGCAUUAAAUGUGCUAUCGCCCAGAAAAUAAGGGCAUCAGAAAAGGUGGUGUACUGCAUACUGGAGGAUCCAUCACUACACAUGAACAUGCGAUUCGUAUGGCAGCGGAGCUUGGACGGGCCGUUCAUGUCGAUGAGGUCUUUACACAGACUCAUAUUCUCAAGGGGAUUGACGAAUAUGUUGAUGAGAGGUCUCACAAGACCAUUAUUUUUCUGCGAGAUUGACAUAGGCAAGACCAGAGGGGGGAUCUGGUCCUAAUGGUAACUCUAGAGUAGAUGCAGACGAAGAAAUGAUCAUGACCCAAUGCUGGGUUGAUACCAUCAGGGGAAAGAAGAAAGGAUGGCUGUAUGGGGUAGGACAACUUGCCUCUCAUUAUACUGUUGGAAGAGGAGGCAUAUUCAGACAUCAACCAUAUACCUCUAGCACAUUUGACCCCAACAAUGUCGUUAGUAAAGACGCUUAUGAUUCACUUGUAGCCAGAUUUGAAAAUCUGGUUAGGACAUUGGUACCUCCACAAGGACAUACCGCCCCAUCAUCAUCCCAGCAACCAUGCCCACCUUAGCAACCAUGUCCACCUCAACAGCCUCCCCAGACCAUACCUCUUCAAGACGAUGAUUCUGA